AUGGUUAACUUGAUAGCCUCUCACAUUGUCAAACCAGCAAAACCAAUCCCUACAAAAGUAAUGUUUUUAUCUGAGUGCGAUCAACGUAAUCCCAUUACUCAUGCAAACAGCGUCCAUUUUUACAAGCCAGAAAGUCCAGAAUUGCUAAAAGAUGCCACUGAGGUUUUGAAAGACUCACUAAGCGAAGCCUUGGUGGAAUUUUAUCCGCUUGCUGGACGGUUAUACCAGAAAGAUGGGGGCCGAGUUGAGCUGCAUUGCAAUUCCAUGGGAGCUUUACUUUUUGAAGCUCAAUCUGAACUCAAAAUCGAGGAUUUUGGAGACUUUUGUCCAACCCCACAAAUCCGUGCCCUGAUCCCACCUAUAGAUUACAGUAAUACUCCCCUUCAUGAGGUACCGCUCCUUCUAGUGCAAAUAACAAAGUUAGCUUGUGGUGGUGUUUCUUUAGGCAUUGCCGCAUCACAUAUCAUUGUGGACGGCCAAAGCUGGUUUCAUUUUUUUUCCGAAUGGGCAAAGAUUGCACGUGGUGAAAAAUCUGAUGAUAAACCAUUUCUAGAUCGAACAAUUUUUCAGCAAUAUGAAGACUAUCACCCAUCAUCAACAGCUCCAAAAUCACAAUAA